AUGAAAGCUCCCAUCUACCUGAGCAGUUACAUCUGCCCGAUAGGAAGAAUAGAAGAGCCCUUUUGGCAAGAUUUCAAACAACUGCAAGGGGAGGUUUCCUGGAAAAUGGACAUCCUGGCCCAGUUUUCAAAAGUUGUUCAAGAUGUCCUGUUCUAUAAUAUCCUGGAUAUGCUUGAGAACAGAGAGGCUCUGUACCGCCUGAUGGCCAUGCUGGAACUGAAAAGCUCAGAGAGUUUGGAUGGCCCUGCUGGCAGGAUCCUAAAUGAAAUACGAAAAGACUCAGAAUGGCAAUGGAGCUACACAGAUACCAUUCUUUAUCUCCUUCAAGCCAUACUGGUACUGAGUGACACUCAGCUUGACCUGCUGGCCCAGUCCAUGAAGAAGAGGAUCCUGCUCCACCAGCAGGAGUUGGUAAGAAGCAUCCUGGAACCCAACUUCAAAUAUCCCUGGUUCCUUCCUUUCACCCUCAAACCCGAGCUCCUCAGUCCACUGCAGGGUGAGGGGCUGGUCAUCACCUAUGGCCUGUUGGAGGAGUGUGGCCUGAAGAUGGAGAUGAAUAACCCCAAGUCUACCUGGGAUCUAGAAGCCAAGGUGCCCUUGUCGGCCCUCUAUGGGACUCUCUUGUUGUUGCAGCAGCUGGCUGAGGCCUAAACCUUCCCUGGUAGGCAGGCCAGGAAGGCCUGGCCUCACUCCCAUCUGUGCUGUGAGCACCCUCUGUAGGCUCAAGGAACAGGGCCUCAGCUCUCAGUUUUCCCAGAUAGCGUAGAGAUGAAU